CCGCGAAGGGGGCGUGCCGCUGCAAACGACUGUUCGUCAGUGGGUUUUUAGUUAUCGUGGUCGACACGUUGUUAAGUGAAGUUUAAAAGCAAUCAGGAAAAAACUGUACUUGUUCAAACUAUAAUAGAGCAAACUGUGUCUGCCGUUUUGGUAACAAACCACGGGUUUCAAUGAAUUGCACCAGGGUUCUGCAGAUACUCAACCCCAGGCCAAUGCCAAGUCCAAUUAUGCCUGUGGAUGUGGCAAUGAGAAUUUGUCUGGCACAUUCGCCGCCUCUUCGCAGUUUCCUCAGUUCAUAUGAGGUCUGCAAGUCCAGGAGCCUAGUCAACCAGUACAAACCUCUGAGAUCCUGCAUCAGCACCAAGACAGAUGUGGACACUGAUAACAUAGGAUGGAAGAGUCCCGAGACCAAAAACAAAAAGAAAGUGGUUUUUGCUGACUCCAAAGGCAUGUCUCUGACAGCAGUCUAUGUAUUCAAGGAAUUCGAGGAAGACCCCAUGUUAGACCUGCCGUUCGAAUUAUCAGACUUGGAGGACGCCAUUGUGGGCCUGAAAGCGGAGGAGGAGAAGAAUUUGAUUUUGGAUUUCCCUCAGCCUGCU